GAGACGGGAACGAAAGACGGAAGCUACGAGAAUGUCGGGGAUGAAACCGGCUCCGUUCUGGAAACAAGUUCGUCUCUCGUUCUUGAAUUCCUCCGAUCGAGGAGCCGAUCGAUUGAGGGAGGCGUCGCCGCUGAGGGCUGCCGAGGAGGAGGAGGAUGACGAGGAAGAUACCGCGCUGGUGGCGGAGGUCGAGUCGGUGGCGUCAUCCUCGACGCCGUCGAGGACGGCCUCGUCCAGUUCCUCGAUCGUGGAGUCGAUCCGUGGGUGCGGGCUCCCGGGUCUGAGGGUCGGUAGAGGGGACCUCCGGCGGCGGGUCUUGAUACCGGACCGGUUAUUGGCGGGCAUGGUGGAGGCCGUCAGGUCGAGGAACCUCUGCGCCGCGGAGGUGGCGGCGUUGGAAGGCGGGCAUGGGGAGGAGGAUGCGCCGGAGGCGCCUCUGGUGGUGUUCGUCAACUCGCGGAGCGGGAAGCGCCAUGGCCCCGUCCUCAAGAGCCGGCUCCAGGAGUUGAUCGGCGAGGACCAGGUCUUUGAUCUAUCGGUCACGAAGCCUUCGGAUUUUGUUCAGUAUGGUUUAGCCUUCUUGGAGAGGUUGGCUGACCUAGGCGAUUAUUGUGCAAAGGCUACUCGUGAAAAUUUGAGAGUCAUGGUUGCAGGAGGGGAUGGUACAGUAGGCUGGGUGUUGGAAAGCCUCGGAGAACUUUAUGUGCAAAACAGAGAGCCGGUUCCUCCAAUUGGUAUCAUUCCACUUGGGACAGGAAAUGACCUAUCUAGGAGCUUUGGUUGGGGCGGUUCAUUUCCUUUUUCAUGGAAGUCAGCUGUGAAAAGGUCAUUAUAUAAGGUUAUUACUGGCCCAAUUUGUCGGCUUGAUAGCUGGCACAUCACUGUCUCAGUUCCUGUAGAAGACAUGAUAGAACUGCCACACUCUCUCAGGCAUCUGGGUGAAAGCACUUUUUUUCCAGAUGGGGAUAUCGAGGGGGUGCUACCUGAAAUGAUUUCUUGCUUUGAUGGGGUCUUCUACAAUUAUUUUAGCAUAGGAAUGGAUGCUCAAGUUGCUUAUAGUUUCCAUCAUUUACGUGAUGAAAAACCAUACCUUGCACAUGGACCAUUAGCAAAUAAGUUGAUUUACACUGGAUAUAGCUGCAAGCAAGGAUGGUUUUUUACACCUUGCAUGAGUGAUCCAAGUUUAAGAGGGCUCAAGAACAUUCUUCACUUAUCCAUUAAAAAGGUUAACUGCUCAGAAUGGGAACAGAUUCUUGUUCCAUCAAGGCAAGCUGUAGCAUGA